AUGGGCAUCUCUCUCUCCACUGCAAGGGUCUUGGCCCCUGCUUCCUUCGUAAUCGACUUUGCUGCGCAGACCUAUGGUCUCCUUGGCACGCCGAACAUGAAGGACAUUCAUGAUGCAAACAAAUCUUUUUUCUCGCCGCAGCCUUUUCUCAUCGGUGCCUUUUUCUUCCCGCAGCAGAUCUUCCAGCUCGUUUGGUUAUGGCGCCUCCACAAGGCCAGACCAGACAAGAGCAUGACGGCCACGAUGGUUGAUUUUGCGCCGUUCUACAGCCUUGGCAACAUCUGCAUAGCAUGUAUCGGCGUGUUAGACCUUCUCCACAACACCUCGGCAGCCUACUUCGUCGAUGUUCAGCCUUCCUUGCCGGUCAAGGUCCUUACCGGCGUGGGCUUCGGACUCAUGUCAGCAGUGAGCGACUGGAUCUUUGGGGGAUGUCUCGUGUACAAUCUGCUUGCGCUGUCUGUCGGGCAGUCCAUCUAUGGAAACACAGGCUGGGGUAAGCUGCUUGGCAUAUACGCUGGAGGCGCUGCAGCCAUUGUGGGAUCCAAGAAUAUUUCAAGACCGCCGUAUAUCGUUGGGGAGGGCUAUGAAGCUCUAUGA